AUGUCCACUACAACAAGAUUGGUGUCCAUCGCUCUUUUAUGGAUUCUUGUUCUCUUUGGAACCCUAGCUUUUAUCCAGAAUCGAUUAAGCGAUGCUGCGGUCUCAUCAGAUCCCAAACUUGUCAAUGACAAACUCAGUCAGGAACAGAAGUCAGAGGAGGAUUUGGAAGGAGUGACCCACAAAGUUUACUUUGAUAUUGAGAUUGCUGGAAAACCCAUGGGUCGCAUUGUCAUGGGCCUCUUUGGAGAAACAGUUCCUAAGACUGUAGAAAACUUCCGAGCACUUUGCACGGGGGAGAAAGGAGUGGGAAAGAGUGGGAAGCCUCUCCAUUUCAAAGGGAGCACAUUUCAUAGGAUUAUUCCCAGCUUUAUGAUCCAGGGUGGUGAUUUUACUCGAGGUGAUGGACGAGGUGGAGAGUCGAUCUAUGGUGAGAAGUUUGCUGAUGAGAACUUCAAGCUGAAGCACACCGGACCAGGAUUCAUGUCAAUGGCAAAUGCAGGACCAGACACUAAUGGAUCACAAUUUUUCAUUACCACUGUAAUGACUAGCUGGUUGGAUGGCCACCAUGUUGUGUUUGGCAAGGUGCUUUCUGGCAUGGAUAUCGUAUACAAGAUUGAAGCUGAAGGAAGACAGAAUGGAGUGCCCAACCAUAAAGUUGUGGUUUUAGACAGUGGUGAAAUGGCUUUGUGA